AUGGUUCCACCAAAUAACAACAACACACAAAAUCAUGAAAACCACCAACAACAAGAGAAUUCCUCUUCAGAAUCCAAGAAACCAGAUCAACAACAACAACAAAGAGUAGUUGUAAAAUGUCCAAGAUGUGACUCUUCCAACACAAAAUUCUGUUACUACAACAACUAUAGUCUCACUCAACCAAGACAUUUCUGCAAAACUUGUAGAAGAUAUUGGACUAAUGGUGGAUCCUUGCGUAACGUUCCAAUCGGCGGAGGUUGUAGAAAGAAACAAAAGCUCAAAAACUCAUCUUUAACAUCAUCAUCAUCAUCAUCACCAUUAUCAUCCAUUUCUAAGUACUCUUCUUCACCUUCACUUGAUUUUCAUCUUGGUGGCUUAUUACCCUUACCUUUACCAUUACCCUUUACGUCAAAACCCUAUUUCUAUAACCAAUUCCCUUCAAAUUCAAACACUUGUGUUCCUACUACAAGUCCUUCAAGUUUUCAUCUAGAUCCAUCUAGUACCUCAAAUCCAAUGAUGGGUCUAAAUUUAUAUCCUUUUUCUUCUACUUCAAAUGGAAGUGGAUUCAUCAAUGAAAAUGCAAUUCAAGGAAUGAACUUUAUGAAUGUGAACACUAGUACUAUUACUCCAACUACUAGUACUAGUACUAGUCUUGCUAUUGAAUCAUUGAGUUGUAUAAAUCAAGAUUUGCAUUUGAAGCUUCAGCAGCAGCGAUUAGCGACUAUGUUCGGUGGAGAUGAUGAAAAGAAAGAUGGUAUUAGGGGAAAUGAUUUGGUUUCUCAGGUUAGCGGCAUUGAAAAGCCUCAACCUAUUUUGUUUCAGAAUCUCGAGAAUUCAAAGGCGGAAAUGUUUCAAGGUGUUGGAGAUGAUGGUGAUAUGAGAAAAGCAGGUCCAAGUCCAAGUGAAUGGUUCUUCGAGAUGAAUUCUUAUUCGUCCGUGAUGACUCCGACAAGAACUAAUGAUAGUGUUUGCAUGAAUGGUGAUCAUGAUAAUGGAAACUACAUCAACAACAACUGGAUUAACAAUGGUGGUGUUCAUGCUUGGAGUGAUGUGCAGCAGCAGCAGCAGCUACCAUACAGUGCUUUGCCCUAA